AGCUCCAUGGUAACCGCACGGCGUUCUUCCAGAUUUCCUGCUGCAGCUUUAGCACAGAGAAUAGACACAAAACUCUUUAGCUUUUUAAAUACGUCAGGAUUCAUAUAUCUUGAGAUUAUAGUAUUACUUAAUACACACAUAUUGGUUGCGAGAAACCAUGAGCCGUACUCCUGAUGCAAGAGCGAGAGACACCCAGACCAAGCAGAUCCAAGAGAACAUCACCGGUGUAGAAAAGCACUUUGGAGAUCUCUGCCAACUGUUCGCUGCCUAUGUCCGUAAAACUGCACGACUGCGGGACAAAGCUGACCUACUGGUUAAAGAAAUCAACCUUUAUGCUGAUACAGAGACACCGAACCUGAAAUGUGGAUUGAAGAAUUUUGCAGAUCAACUGGCCAAGAUUCAGGACUACAGACAAGCAGAAGUGGAGAGGCUGGAAGUGAAAGUUAUAGAGCCUUUGAAAGCAUAUGGGAAUAUUGUCAAAACAAAAAGGGAGGACCUGAAGCAGACGCAGAUCGCAAGGAACAGAGAGGCCAAGCAGAUGCAGCAGCUUGAAAAGAUGAGGCAGAGAAACCCCUCAGACAGACAGAUCAUUUCACAGGCUGAGAGUGAACUCCAGAGAGCCACAAUGGAUGCUACGCGCACAACUCGCCAGCUGGAGGAGACAAUAGAUGACUUUGAAAAGCAGAAGAUUCGUGAUAUCAAGAAAAUUUUGGGUGAAUUUGUGACGGUGGAGAUGGCAUUCCAUGCCAAGUCUUUGGAAAUUUACACAACUGCCUACCAGCACAUUCAGAAUGUCGAUGAGGAAGGAGACCUUGAGGUAUUCAGGAACUCGCUUCACCCCCCUGAUUACCAGUCACGGUUAGAAAUUGUUCGUGCAAAUUCGAAACUGUCCCUAAAUCGAACUGGUACAUCAAUGAGUAAAUCAGGAACAAUGCAGUCAAGAACAUCUAGCAGACAGAGGAAAAGGGAUGACGAAGAAGAUGAGGAUGAGGAGGAAGAUGAUGAAGAUGAGGAUGAUUUGGAGGAAGUGACUGAUGAUGAGCACUAAAAUAUUUUCUGUGCCAUUUCGUCAAAUAUUUUCAAACAGCGACAUUCCAGAACUGUUUUUAAGAGUGUUUGAAUAGAUAUGACAUUAUAAAAAUAAUUUGCAUCACCAGAAUGUGUGAUGUAAUGAUAGCUCAGUUAUGUUAUGUAAAGGUGAGUGCGUGAUGCGAUGUUUGCUCUCUUGUAAAUCAUAAACUAUAAAAUUAUAUAUAUAUACUGAAAAACACCUUCAAAGAGAGUGUUCCUGUUUAGUUUUGUUUUGUUUUUUUCCCCUCCCAAUAUGUUUUCUCUGUACAAAGUGCCAAGCAUUUUCUGUGAUCAAUAUAUUUGGUUAGAAUGUGCCUUAGAGCAUUUUGGUUUACCAAUAAAGAUGGCUCUUGUUUUUGCAUAAUA